AUGCAACUUAGAUUUAGACGAACUUGUCGAAUUCGAUGGUUUCUUAUUCUUUUUAUUGUUUUAAUUAUAUUAUUCUUUUUAAUCAAUAAAUGGUUGAUUUAUACACCAUCAAGUAUUGAUUUUCUUGAAUUAAAUGCUUGUCCUACUUGUUUUGGUAUAAGUCUAUGUCAUCUAUUUGAAACAAAUAAUGUUCAAUUAUCAGGUUGGCAACGUUUUUCAUUUUUUAAUAAUGAUCUAUUUAAUAUAAAAAAUAUCUAUUAUGGUACAUUAAAAAAUCAACUAGUUAUUUUCAAAAAAAUGGCUCAUCAAAGUGAAUGGAUUAUGUUUGAUGUUUGUCGUCAGAACCGAUCAUGUUUUCAACAAAUAAAAACAACUUUAACAACACUUUUACCUUGUUCUAAUUCAACAUUUAUUUCUAAAUUUCAAAAUGCAUUUAUUACUUCAACUGGUUUUAAUAAUUCUGAAGGUCAAAUAUCAUUAGAAACAACUUUACAAAUUAAUCUUGAACCUAUCGUACUAUCAACUUUAUCUAAUUCUGGUCUUCCUAUUCCAUUAUAUUAUGGUGCAUGUGGUCGAGUAGGAGUUGUUAGUAAUGAAGGAUCCAAUCUUGUGUUUUAUCUUCAUUCAUCAUUUCAAUUUCGUGCUUUUCUUGCUCGAGAACUUCUUAUUUCAAUGCAUGAAUUAAACACAGGAAAUUCAGAUAUAAUUAUUUAUUAUCCAGAUGUUAAUCUAGAAAAUUUUGUCUAUAAUCAAUAUGAACGACGAAUAAAAAUUAUUGAUUUAGAAUAUGUAAUUAUUGUUGAACGAAAUUUAUUUUUCAAUACAAAUAUUGAUGAUAAUUAUGAGAAUAGUCAUCGAAAAAUAUUAAAUCCAAAUCAAUAUUGUAGUACAUAUAUGCCUGAUUACAAUGUGAAACAAGUUUGUCGUUAUAUUUUAUUACCACCGAUUGAAACGAAUAAAAGAGAAAUGUCUAGUAAUUUUCUUCAUAGUAUUCCUGAAAAUGUUAAUCAUCAAUGGAAUCUAACAAAUAUGAUAUUAGCAUGUGCACAAACAGAAUCAACUAGUGAACGAUUAGCUCUCUAUGAGCAACUUCUGAAAAUUUUAAGCAAAAUUAUGUAA